GGUGAAGAUGAGCUCGCUGUGUAAACAAGAACAUGUGCUCGCGCGUUUUGUCUCGUGCCUGCUUCAGUGUGCGCAUCUAUCGGGCUGCACCAAUCACUUUGCGGCGGGAAAGCCUAUGACCCCGCCCAACAGAGCCGUGGAGGAGCUCCAGAUAAAGUCCCAUGGGACAACUAUAAAGCGUGAUCUUGGCUGUUGACAGGUGGAUCAAACAAUCAGGCAGCUACAAUUACUGAAUAUGUCACAAAUCAAUGUUGUUGUCGUUGGUGCUGGCGUUAUUGGACUAUCAACAGCUCUCGUGCUUUCCAAGCACAAGAACCUCAAUGUGACGGUCGUGAGCAAGCACAUGCCCGGCGACUACGAUAUUGAAUAUGCAUCACCAUGGGCCGGAGCAAACUUCAUGCCUGUUGGCAAGGAAAGCAGCAAGCUGCGAGCAUUCGAGAAGGCAUCAUGGCCAGAAGUAGAUCGAUUAUGUCGAGAGAUCCCAGAAGCCGGUAUCCACUAUCAAGAAUGCAGAGUAUAUGGCAGGAAGAAAGACGAAGGCACCACUGUCGGCAUUUGGUUUCAAGAGUUGAUGAAGGAGGACCCAUGGUUCAAGGACCUUAUGCCUGAGCUCCGAAUCCUAGACAAGUCCGAACUCCCACCCUCCUGUGACACCGGCAUGGUCUUCAAAUCCGUCUGCAUAAACACCGCCAUCUACCUCCCCUGGCUGCUCGGCCAAUGCCUCAAAAACAACGUAAUAAUCAAGCGCGGCGUCCUCACCCACAUCUCCGAAGCGCCCUCGUACCACAGCACCGGCAACGCCUCCAUAAUCAUGAACUGCACUGGCCUGCUAACUUCUAAGCUCGGCGGCGUCAUGGACACCACCGUGUAUCCCGGCCGCGGCCAGAUCGCAGUAGUAAGAAAUAAGCCAGGCGCUAUGCAUACUACCUCUGGCACCGAUGACGGUUCAGAUGAAGCUAUGUAUAUCAUGCAGCGUGCGGCGGGUGGGGGAACGAUCAUUGGGGGAUGUUUGCAGCACGGUAGCUGGGAGGGUGAGGUUGAUCCGAAUCUUGCGAAUCGCAUCCUUCAGAGGGCUGUGGACAUCUGCCCCAGUCUCGCGCCAAAGACGGGGAAGGUGACGGAGUUGAGUGUUAUUAGGCAUGGAGUGGGACUGAGGCCGAUGAGGGAAGGUGGGAUCAGGUUGGAGAAGGAGAGGAUUGGGAAGGAUUGGGUUGUGCACAACUAUGGGCAUGCAGGGUACGGGUAUCAGAGUAGUUGGGGAAGUGCGUGGGAGGCGGAGAGGUUGGUGUUGGAGAUCUUGGAGAAGGAGGGCAAGAGGGCGAAGUUGUAGGAUAGCUGAACAUCUUCAAUUGAACCGGGUGC